AUGGUUCACAAGAUUCUAUUUUGGGCCGGAUUCGGCAUUGCGACGCGGUUCCUCCAACUUGGCAUUGAAAUGCGGCCAUUCUUCCAGCGCGGUGCCCUAUGGGUCUAUCCCUUGUUCGCCGGCGUGGGCGGUUCAUUUGGCUACUGGAUGAAGGGGGUGGAAGACAGACAAUUUAAACUCCUGCAACAGCGGAAAGAGAUCCUUCUUGAGAAGAGAAGACGGAGAGCAGAGCGCGAUGCUUUGGCAGAUGGUGGACAAGCCGAGACCGCAGGUGUGUUGGCCAGUACAAGUUGA